AACGAUUCAAAAUUUGACAAAAUGUCAACAUCGAAAUUCACGUUCAUGGUCAAGACCCUCGUGAACCUAACAUGGCCGACGUUCUCUCCCAACAGAAUCAAGAAUUUCGCGGUUGUUAAUCACCCCUCAAAACACGAACCACCUCAAUCGGGAGAUACUGAAGAUAAACUAGCGAAGUACUGGUCAUCGAACAAGACAGUUGGGGAAGUUUUGCGAAAAGCGGAUACAUUGUACGAAGAUAAGAAUUACAUAGAGGUUUACGAACUGUUGAACAGGCUGAAGUACAACAACAACUCGGAGGUGAAAUGGAGAAUUGCAAGGGUAUUAUAUCAGGCGACUGCCGAUAACGUUCUGCCACUGGAAAUUGAAAAGGAGAUGAUUGAUGAGGCUUAUCUGCUGUUGAUGGAAGAAGCCAGUGAAGGAAACAUGAAUGCCAACGUGCACAAAUGGUUUGCCAUUAUAUGCGACUGUCACCACAAACUAUUGGGUCUCGAAGAGCGCAUAAAGGGUUAUCAUCAUGUACUCAAGCACCUUCGCAUAGCUUACAAGCUUGAUCCUAACGAUGUGACAGUCAGCUUUUUGCUGGGAAAACUCUGCUUCGAUCUGGCAAACUUGCAAGGUUUCAAGAGGUUCAUAGCUGAAACAUUUUUUGCAGAACCUCCCAGAAGUACGUUCGAAGAGGCCUACCAAUAUUUAGGAAGAGUCGAGGAAAUAAGCGAACGGAAUUUUCUCAGCAAUGUGUAUUACCUAGGUCGAACAUGCUACAAACUGAAGCAAUUCUAUAAAGCCAAACACUAUCUCAAUGUUGCUUGUUGUAUGAAGCCGAAAAAUGAAUACGAAAGGAAGCAAUUUGGGGAAGCAAAACAGUUAUUGGCUAGAGUAGAAAAGUAUACUUUAGGUAAAGAGAUACUAUAUCCAAACUUCAACUGUGACCUCGAAAAAACUAUGGAAUAGCAUAAAAGCGCCUACUGAGAAAAUUUGAAUAGAUAUUAUGCAUAACAUAAUGAAUGA